AUGGCAGCCCCUUCCCCCGAACGUACAUCCCGAGGUCCCCAAGACCAAGUCGCACCCUACAGCCCAAAAUCUCGUUUCUUCGACCUCCCAGCUGAAAUCCGCAACGAAAUCUACAGCUAUGUCUUCACUUUCAGUGACGGCGUACGCGUUUCCUCCAGUCUCAAGUUCUGCCUGCUCGAUCUCCAACCAGGUGCAAUAGAGUCUGGCGGAGCCCACCUCGUUGAAGCCAACGCGCUCAACUACACAUGCCGUCAGCUCCACUUUGAGACAAAAUCUCUCCUCCCAAAAUACACCACCUCCUUCACCUUCAAGCCCUCCGCUGGGGAUGAAGACGGUCUAAAGACAUUCCUCGCCUUCGCUCGUGUACUUAGGACGAACCGUACCGUUCCCCCUUCGUGGCUCUAA